AGGAGCGUGAACGAAGGUAGCCUACACCUCCCAUCACUUCUAGCAGAAGUUCUUGCAGAAGAGCGAACCGUUUUGAAUGCCAUUAGACCUGGGAAGCUGGAACAAUUUUAUGCAUUGUAUGUGGUAGAAAUGACAAGGAUGGUAAACUUGAAAUAAUUCAUUUCGGCCGCGUCCUUUCGCAUCAGUGAUUCUUAUUUUUAUAUUGUGUUAAAAUAGUUUAUUCAACAACGUGCCGUCUGUAUAAAAACAUUGGCGAUUUUAUUUUUUCUCAGGCGGGUUUGAAGACUUUUUCUCCUGUUGGAGAGAAGUUCUCUCCCAAGACUACGAGUCAAGAGUUUUGGAGCGAGAAGGGGGACUUCUGAAUUAAACGCUGUUAUUCUCUGAAUAAAAGUGGAGCAUAUAACUUUCUAAAAGAAAAUCUGGGCAGUAUGUGGCAGAGGCGACUGCUGAAGUUUGCUUUGGGACUUGCAGCGGUUUUGUCGGUGGCUGUCAAUGAAGGUACUGCGGGGAAUAGCGAGGCUGACAAAGACACUGAACCGAGAGCCAGCAGAGCCAAGAGAAGAGGAGGAGGAGGUCAAGAUGUCUUGAAGGGGCCCAAUGUUUGUGGAUCGCGUUACAAUGCAUACUGCUGCCCAGGAUGGAAGACUCUCUCUGGAGGGAACCAGUGCAUCGUCCCCAUUUGCCGGAGCUCCUGUGGAGAUGGAUUUUGCUCAAGACCCAAUAUGUGCUCUUGCCCCAAUGGUCAGAUUGCACCUUCCUGCGGUUCCAAAUCUGUUCAACACUGCAAUAUUCGCUGUAUGAACGGUGGAACCUGUGCAGAAGACCACUGCCAGUGUCAGAAGGGAUACAAUGGGGCUCACUGUGGGCAACCUGUCUGUGAAAAUGGGUGCUUGAAUGGCGGAAGAUGUGUGGCUCCUAACCGCUGUGCCUGCACCUAUGGCUUCACUGGAGCACAGUGUGAAAGAGAUUACAGGACGGGACCCUGCUUUGCCUCAGUGAGCAACCAGAUGUGCCAAGGCCAGCUGACGGGCAUUGUGUGCACCAAGACGCUGUGCUGUGCCACAGUGGGCAGGGCCUGGGGGCACCCCUGCGAGAUGUGUCCAGCCCAGCCCCACCCCUGUCGUCGCGGCUUCAUUCCAAACCACCGAACAGGAGCUUGUCAAGAUGUGGAUGAAUGCCAAGCCAUUCCUGGGCUCUGUCAAGGAGGAAAUUGCAUUAACACUGUUGGAUCAUUUGAGUGCAAGUGCCCUGCCGGACACAGGUUUAAUGAAGUUUCACAGAAAUGUGAAGAUCUUGAUGAGUGUGCCAGCAUUCCUGGUCUAUGCAGUGGGGGUGAUUGUUCUAAUACAGUCGGGAGCUAUUUCUGCAAGUGUCCUCAGGGAUUCUACCCCCCUCUUGAUGGGUCCAGAUGUAUUGAUGGCCGGAGUGGGUACUGCUUCUCCAGUCUCCUGAAUGGCCGCUGUGCCAACCAAAACUCACAGCUCCUGACCAAGAUGCAGUGCUGCUGCGACAGUGGGAGAUGCUGGUCGGACGGAUCCAUCCAGGAGAUGUGCCCCAUACGUGGAACUGAUGAGUACCAGAAGCUGUGCAGCAUCAUCCAUCCAGGCCCCAUUGGACCUGGUGGACCUGGUGGCCCCAUUGGACCUGGUGGCCCCAUUGGACCGGGUGGCCCCAUUGGACCGGGUGGCCCCGUUGGCCCUGUUGGCCCAAUUGGCCCUGGUGGCCCCAUAUAUCCCAACAUCCCUAGACCGACAUACCCGCCAUGGGUUCAGCCUCCGCCUAUUAUUCAAACCCAGAAUAUUACCAACAUGUGUUUGGCCUUCCGGCACCUUUGUCCGAAUGGCCGCUGUAUCCCUACUCCUGGAAGUUACCGGUGCGAGUGUAACAUGGGCUUCAAGCUACACGUACGGGGGGAGUGUGUGGAUGAAGACGAGUGUGAGCGGAAUCCAUGUGUGCACGGCGAGUGUGUCAACACGGCUGGCUCGUAUUUCUGUCAGUGUCCCACUGGCUUUCAGAGCACAGCUACCAAGACGGAAUGUAGAGAUCUGGACGAGUGCAUAGCCAAUGGGCGCAUCUGCAACAAUGGCCGCUGCGUCAACACUCCAGGCAGCUUCCACUGCGUCUGCAACGCUGGUUUUGAAAUCUCUGCUGAUGGAAAGAACUGCCAAGAUCAGGACGAGUGCCGCAUCAGAAACAUGUGCCUGAAUGGGAUGUGCAUCAACGAGGAUGGCAGCUUCAAAUGCAUCUGCAAGCCAGGCUUCUACUUGGACUCGACCGGGCGCCUCUGCCUGGACAUUGAUGAGUGCCAAACUCAGGGCAUGUGCAUGAACGGACACUGUGUCAACACCGAGGGCUCCUUCAGAUGCGACUGCAUGCCCGGCCUUGCCGUGGGGCUGGAUGGCCGCGUUUGCGUCGACACACAUAUGCGCAGCACAUGUUAUGGAGGUUACAAGAGGGGACAGUGCGUGAGGCCCUUCUUCGGUGCGGUCACAAAGUCCGAGUGUUGCUGUGCCAGUGUUGAGUAUGCAUUUGGAGAACCGUGUCAACCCUGUCCACCGCGGGGCUCAGCUGAAUUCUUGGCACUUUGUAGUCAUGGAGAAGGCACUACAACCGAUGGCAGAGAUAUAAAUGAAUGUGCUUUGGAUCCAGACAUUUGUGAAAAUGGUGUUUGUGAGAAUAUGCUGAGAACAUAUAAAUGCAAUUGCAACACAGGAUUUGAAGUUGACCUUUCUGGGAAACACUGUUAUGAUAUUGAUGAAUGCGCCGUUAACAGACUCUGCGAUAACGGACAGUGCAGAAACACUCCUGGCAGCUUCACCUGCCACUGCUCCAAGGGAUAUGUCUUUCAGCCAGAAACCGAUGUGUGCGAAGAUAUCAACGAGUGUGAGUCCAAUCCCUGUGUAAAUGGGGAGUGCAAGAACAGUCCAGGGUCCUUUGUCUGCUUGUGCCCCACAGGCAGUACCCUGGACAGCUCUGGGACUCAAUGUGUGGAAACCACCAAGGGAACGUGCUGGCUGAAGUUUAUCAAUAACCGAUGUGAAGUCAACAUCAAUGGAGCCACACUGAAGUCCCACUGCUGUGCUACAAUGGGCGAGGCAUGGGGCAGCCCGUGUACCAAGUGUGAGAGAGAUACAAUCUGCUCUAAAGGAUAUGCAAGAGUAAGAGGGACAAUAUGUGAAGAUGUGAAUGAGUGUGAAGUGUUUCCUGGAGUCUGCAUCAACGGAAAGUGUGUAAAUACCGUGGGAUCUUUUAUUUGCCAGUGUCCCACUGGAAUGACUGUGGAUGCCAGUGGUAGAACAUGCAUUGACCUGCGCACCGAGCAGUGCUAUCUGAGCCACGAGGAUGAGCGCUGUGGGGCCCCCAUCCCUGGGAGGCACCGCGUGGAUGCCUGCUGCUGCUCAGUGGGCGCGGCCUGGGGCCCGGAGUGCGAUGAGUGCCCGGAGCACAGCACCCCCGAGUUCAAACAGCUGUGCCCACGAGGCCCCGGCUUCUCCCACAGGGGAGACUUCAUCAAUGGGAAGCCCUUCCUUAAAGAUAUAAACGAGUGCAAAAUGAUCCACAGCCUGUGCUCGAACGGGAGGUGUAGAAACACCAUCGGUAGCUUCAGGUGCAAGUGUGACAGUGGCUUUGCCCUGGACUCACAUGAAAGGAACUGCACUGAUAUCGACGAGUGCCGGAUCUCUCCGGACCUGUGCGGCCACGGUACCUGCGUCAACACGGUGGGAGACUUUGAGUGCGAGUGCUUCAAGGGCUACGAGAGCGGCUUCAUGAUGAUGAAGAACUGCAUGGACAUUGAUGAGUGUGAGAGGAACCCUCUGCUGUGUCGAGGUGGUGAGUGCGUCAACACUGAGGGAAGCUUCCAGUGCCGCUGCCCUGAUGGACACCAGAUCGCCACGGAUGGGUCGGCCUGUCUUGAUAUCAAUGAGUGUGAAUUAAGUGAUAAACUAUGCAAGAACGGACGAUGCAUCAACUUGGUUGGGCGUUACCAGUGCUCCUGUGAUACUGGAUACAAGUCUACAGGGGACAGGCUUUCCUGCAUUGAUAUCGAUGAGUGCACUAUUCAGAAUGGGGGCUGUGAGACCUUCUGCACCAACUCUGAGGGAAGCUAUGAGUGCAGCUGCCGCAGUGGCUAUGCCUUGAUGCCGGACCAGCGCAGCUGCACAGAUAUCGAUGAGUGCGAGGACAAUCCAGAUAUCUGUGAUGGGGGUCAGUGCACAAACAUCCCUGGUGAAUACCAGUGCCUGUGCUUCGAUGGAUUCAUGUCUUCUGAGGAUAUGAAGACCUGUCUGGAUGUUGACGAGUGUGAGCUCAAUCCAAAUAUCUGCCUAAGUGGGAACUGUGAAAACACCAAGGGCUCCUUCAUCUGCCACUGUGACCUGGGCUACUCCGUCAGGAAGGGGACAACGGGCUGUACAGAUAUUAAUGAGUGUGAGAUUGGAGCUCAUAACUGCGACAGACAUGCCACAUGUACCAAUACCGCUGGCAGCUUCAAGUGUAAAUGUAGCCCAGGCUGGAUCGGCAAUGGAAUUAAAUGCACAGACCUGGACGAAUGCUCCAAUGGCACCCACACGUGCAGCAACAAUGCGGACUGCAAGAACACCAUGGGCUCCUACCAGUGCUUGUGCAAGGAGGGCUUCAGCGGGGACGGAUUCUACUGCUCAGACAGUGAUGAGUGUGCGGACAACGUGAACCUGUGCGAGAGCGGACACUGCUUGAACCUCCCAGGGGGAUACCGCUGCGAGUGCGACAUGGGCUUCAUUCCCACCCCGGACGGCAAGGCUUGCGAAGACAUAGAUGAAUGCACCUUUGCAGAUAUUUGUGUCAAUGGAAGGUGCCGGAACAUUCCAGGCCUGUUCAGAUGUGAAUGCCACAUUGGGUAUGAACUUGACAGAAGUGGAGGCAACUGCACAGAUGUGAACGAGUGUGCUGAUCCAACUACUUGCAUCAGUGGAUUUUGUGUUAACACUCCAGGCAGCUACAUCUGCAACUGUCCUCAGGAUUUCGAGCUCAACCCAACUCGUGUUGGAUGUGUGGAUACUCGCUCUGGCAACUGCUACUUGGACGUUAAAAGGCGGGGUGAUGCAUCCCUCAACCUGGACUGUUCUAACGAGAUUGGCGUUGGGGUGUCCAAGGCUUCAUGCUGCUGCUCUCGAGGGCAAGCCUGGGGGAGCCCUUGUGAGGAAUGCCCGCAGCUAAACUCCUCUGAGUACAAAAACUUAUGUCCGGGAGGAGAGGGGUUCCGACCCAACCCCAUCACGGUCAUUCUGGAGGAUAUCAAUGAAUGUCAGGAACUGCCUGGUCUUUGCCAAGGAGGAAACUGCAUUAAUACAUUUGGGAGCUUUCAGUGUGAAUGCCCGAGGGGUUUUGCCCUGAAUGAAGACACCAGGGUCUGUGAAGAUGUUAAUGAAUGCGAGAAUCCUGGGAUCUGUGGUCCAGGCCAGUGCUACAACACCAUAGGAAACUACACCUGUGUCUGUCCCCCUGAUUACAUGCAGGUCAAUGGUGGAAACAACUGCAUGGACAUGCGAAAAAGCCUGUGCUAUAGGAAUUAUUAUUCUGACAAUGGAACAUGUGAUGGUGAGCUCACCUUCAACGUGACAAAGAAGAUGUGUUGCUGCUCCUACAACAUUGGCCGAGCCUGGAACAAACCAUGUGAACAGUGCCCUGUCCCCAGCACCAAUGAAUUUGCUGUCUUGUGUGGCAGUGAGAGACCAGGAUACUACAUUGACAUUUAUACUGGACGGGUAGUAGACAUUGAUGAGUGCAGGGAGAUCCCGGGCGUUUGUGAGAAUGGCGUGUGCAUCAACAUGAUUGGCAGCUUCAGGUGUGAGUGUCCCAUGGGUUUCAUCUACAAUGACAAGCUUCUCGUCUGCGAAGACAUCGAUGAGUGCCAGAAUGGACCGGUCUGCCAGCGGAACGCUGUCUGCCUUAACCUCCCCGGAAGCUACCGCUGCGAGUGCAAGCCCGGGUACCGGUUCACCCCCACUGGCCAGUGCCUUGAUCGAAAUGAAUGCAUUGAGAACCCUGGGAUCUGCAGCCCAGGACAGUGCAUUGACACAGUGGGAAGCUAUCGCUGCAUCUGUCCCAACGGGUUCAAAGCAACUCCAGAUUCGUCCAUGUGUAUUGAUGUGGAUGAGUGCGAGCGGCAGCCAUGUGGGAAUGGGACAUGCAAAAACACAGUAGGGUCAUACAACUGCCUGUGCUACCCUGGCUUCCAGCUCUCCCACAACAAUGACUGCAUAGAUUUGGAUGAGUGCGCCACACAGAGGGGUCUGUGUCGGAAUGGCGACUGCGUCAACACCCUGGGCUCCUUUGUGUGCUUGUGCCGCGAUGGCUUUGAGCUCACGCCCGAUGGCAGGAUCUGUGCGGAUAUCAAUGAAUGUCUUGUCAAUCCUGGAACAUGUGGCCCUGGAAGCUGUCAAAACCUGGAUGGAUCCUACAGAUGUAUCUGCUCUUCGGGAUACUCUUUGGUUGAUGAUAAGUGUAAAGACAUUGAUGAAUGUGAAGGUACCCCCGAUAUCUGUGUUUUUGGCACUUGCACCAACACGGAGGGCAGUUUUAAGUGUAGUUGUCCAGAAGGGUUCCAACUUUCCUCAUCUGGGAGGAGAUGCACGGAUAUACGUGUCAGCUAUUGCUACACCAAGUUUGAGAGUGGUGUUUGCUUGGCCCCAAAACCCAUGAACACCACCAAAGGGGACUGCUGCUGCAGUGCCAUGCCAGGACAGGGUUGGGGUACCCCGUGUGAAAUCUGCCCCACCCCGGCCGAGGAUGUGUUUUCCCUGCUCUGCCAUGCACUUGGCCAAAAAUUUGGUCCAAAUGACAAUGCUGUUGAUAUUGACGAGUGCGCUACAAACCCCAACAUCUGUAACAAUGGAGUGUGCAUCAACACUGAUAGAUCCUUCCGCUGCGAGUGUCCUUUUGGUUUCCGACUGGACUACACUGGGGUCAACUGUGAGGAUACCAAUGAGUGUGACGUGGGAAACCCCUGUGGCAAUGGCACCUGCACCAACGUGGUUGGAGCUUUUGAGUGCGCCUGUGAUGAUGGCUUUGAACCCGGGCCUAUGAUGACAUGUGAAGAUGUGAACGAAUGUGCGCAGAACCCCCUGCUCUGUGCCUUCCGCUGUGUCAACACCGUGGGCUCCUACGAGUGCAAAUGCCCUGCGGGCUACGUGCUCAGAGAAGACAAGAGAAUGUGCAGAGACCAGAACGAGUGCGAGGACGGCGUCGACGACUGCGACUCCCGGGGAAUGACCUGCAAGAAUCUCAUCGGCACGUACAUGUGCAUCUGCUCCCCGGGGUACGUCCGCCAGCCCAACGGGGAGGGCUGCAUGGACCUAAACGAGUGUUCUACCAAGCCAGGAAUCUGUCAGAAUGGCCGAUGUGAAAACACAAUUGGCAGCUACCGGUGCAGGUGCAACCUGGGCUUCAGUCCGAGCCCCACGCAGACAGAGUGCAUAGACAACAGGAAGGGUUUCUGCUUCACGGAGGUCCUGCAGACCCUAUGCCAGAUGACCUCGAGCAGCCGGAACAGUGUCACCAAGUCCGAGUGCUGCUGCGAUGGAGGCCGUGGCUGGGGCCCCGACUGUGAGCUGUGCCCCUUGCCUGGAACCACUCAGUAUAAGAAGAUGUGCCCCAUGGGCCCUGGAUACACCACUGAUGGCAAGGAUAUUGACGAGUGCCGCGUCAUGGGCAACCUGUGCCGUAAUGGCCAAUGUGUGAACACCAUUGGUUCUUACAACUGCAUAUGCAAACCUGGGUAUGCCACGGACAUCAGCGGGACCACAUGUGUGGAUGUGGACGAGUGCAUCCAGGCGCCAAAGCCAUGCAACUUCAUCUGCAAAAACACGGAGGGGGCCUACCUGUGCUCCUGUCCCAGGGGGUACAUCCUGCAGGAAGAUGGCAAGAGCUGCAGAGAUCUGGAUGAAUGUUCGACCAAGCAGCACAAUUGCCAGUUCCUGUGUGUCAACACCAUUGGGGGUUUCACCUGUAAAUGCCCCCCUGGCUUCACCCAGCACCACACUGCCUGCAUUGACAAUAACGAGUGCGCCACCGACCCCAGCCUGUGCGGCACCAACGGGGUGUGUCAGAACAGCCCCGGGAGCUUCAACUGCGAGUGCCAGCGCGGCUUCUCCCUGGGCCAGACCGGACAAAGCUGCGAAGACAUGGACGAAUGCGAUGGGAACCAUCGCUGUCAGCACGGCUGUCAGAACCUGGUGGGCGGGUACCGCUGCAGCUGUCCCCAGGGCUACCUCCAGCACUACCAGUGGAACCAGUGUGUGGAUGAAAACGAAUGCCAGAACAGCCAGGUCUGUGGGGAAGCCUCGUGCCACAACACUCUGGGAAGCUUCCGCUGCCUGUGUCCCACGGGCUUCAACUACGAGCAGUUCAGCGGAGGAUGCCAGGAUGUGAACGAAUGCUCAUCCUCCCAGAACCCCUGCAACUACGGCUGCUCCAACACUGACGGGGGCUACCUGUGCGGCUGCCCACCUGGAUACUACAGGGCGGGCCAAGGGCACUGUGUCUCAGGGGUGGGCUUCGGGAGUGGAGCUCUGGGGCCUGGUCAGGGCGGUGAGGCGGACGAUAACUCUCUUUCCCCCGAGGCUUGUUACGAGUGUAAAAUUAACGGCUAUCCAAAGAAAGGCAGGAAACGCAGAAGCACUAACGGAACCGAUGACACACCUGUGGGAGAGUCACAGGAUGAACAAGAGGCCAUCAGCCUGGCAAGCGUGGAUAUCGAAGACACCAUCUUGUUUAACUUCAACAUCAGUGACCUAAACAGCAAAGACCAUCUCCUGGAGUUUACUCCCGCUCUCUCCACGCUGACUGACCAUGUCCGCUACAUGAUCAACUUUGGGAAUGACGAGGGCCUGUUCCGAAUCAACCAGAAACAAGGAAUAAGCUACCUUCACUUAACCAAGAAGAAACUUCUUCCGGGAGCGUAUUAUUUACAAAUCAGCAGUGUGCCACUGUACAAAAAGAAAGAACUGGCCCAUCUGGAGGACGAGCAUGACAAAGACUACCUCACAGGACAGCUGGGGGACGCCUUGAACAUGAAGGUGCAGAUAGUUCUCCAUUAACAAAUUCCGCAAAAGACCGCAAAAACGUUCGCUGCCAAAGAAAUAGGGGGACUGCAUUGUUGACUCCGAAAGACGAUUCUACAUAUCAUGGAUACGAUUUCUUAUCACGUGUAAAGUGUGAAGUAAUAAAAUUACUAAGUGCAGCUGCAUGUUCAGAAAGCUAAGGGAGGGAGCAGAGCUGAGUGGAGGAAAAAAAGGUUAAUAUGCAAACCCCCCAAAAUCAAAAUCGCUUUCUCAGGCUUUGUAUAAAAAGCUCUUUUGAAUAAGGUUUUGUAUGAUGGUAUGUUGAAUCUUUCAACUUUCAGUGACACAUGUAAAUUGGAAGAAGUCACUGACGUUGAGAUAUUUUCACCAGAAGUUGAAGAUUUUUUUUAUUUUGUUUGGGCUCGAAGGACCUUUGUCUUCAUUAACUUCUCUUUUCAAUCUUUUCAAUUGAAUAGAUCAAAAUUUUAUAUUACCUGGUGCUAGCAACGUGACAUCUUAGAUUUAUGAAUGCACUGUAAUAUUUUGCAAAGACGGUAGCCAAAAACACCACUUUUCUACUGGUUGAAGAUUUCAAGUUACUUUGCAACCAACCAAAGUUAACUCAAUAGCUUUUCUGUUCUGUUAUGCCUGAACUACAUGUAAAUUAAGUGUGUUUAUACUGUAAUCAUGCCACUUUUUUUAAUCAUGGAAGCAUUUGUAAACUAGAUAAAGCCCUGUACAGAAGGGUUUUGUAAUGGUGCUUAUAAUGACCAACUACUUCUUUUUAACUGUAUACACCAUUCUGAUGAUGCAAUAUCUGUGACUUAAUUAUGCACUGAGGCCUUCCUGGCCACAUACAUUUUCGCAAGUACAAUCAGUGCCGUCAUCAUGUCAAGAUGACGUGAAUGAGACCAUCUUUCAGUGUCUGUUCACAUCAAUGAGGGUUUAGUUUCAGUAAAUUCACAAUAAAAAACAUAUUUUUGGUUUAAA